UUGAGUUGAGUUGAUUGUCAGUUUUUGUACACACAUAGCUUUUUUGUACACCACUUUCCUGGAUUAUUUUGUGUUUUAUUGGGUUUUGGUUUUGGUAUUCCUCCUAGUCCUGCCAUCCUAGUCCUUUUUUGAUGGCUGCGAGUCAGUUGACCAAAGAGCAGUAUGACGAGCUGAAGGAGGCUUUUGAAAAGUUCGAUGUGGACCGCAGUGGCAGCCUUUCGCCGGGCAAAAUGCGUCUGGCGAUGCUGUCGAUGGGUCACGAGGUCACCGAAGCGGAACUGUUCGGCCUAAUCGACUCGGUGGCCUCGGACGAGGACCACAACGUUCAUAUGAUGGCCUUCAUCCAUCUGAUGGCACCCCGGAUCAUCGAAACGGACAGCGAGGACAGCCUGAGGCGCGCUUUCAGGCUUUUCGAUCGCGACGAAGACGGCUAUAUCGGACCCCAGGACAUGCGUUCCAUUCUGCAGGUCCUAGGCAUCGUUCUAACCGACGAGGAGAUCACGGAUAUCUGUCGGGAGGUGGACUUCGACUGCGAUGGUCGCAUAAAUUUUCGCGACUUUAUGAACUUUAUGUACAGUGCCGCAUAUUAGUCAUAGGGUCGCAAUAAAAAUUGAAAUUGAAAA